UUUCCCGCUGUUCCCUGGGUUAUCGCAGCCGCUUCCUUCGCCGCCGCGGGACCAGCGGGCUCGGGAGCCCUGAGCUCCGUCCCGGUGUCCCGGCCGGGGCCAUGUUCCGCACGGCCGUGAUGAUGGCGGCCAGCCUGGCGCUGACCGGGGCGGUGGUGGCCCACGCCUACUACCUCAAGCACCAGUUCUACCCCACCGUGGUCUACCUGACCAAGUCCAGCCCGAGCAUGGCCGUCCUAUACAUCCAGGCCUUCGUACUUGUCUUCCUCCUGGGCAAGGUGAUGGGCAAAGUGUUUUUCGGGCAGCUGCGAGCGGCCGAGAUGGAGCACCUCCUGGAGCGCUCCUGGUACGCUGUCACAGAAACCUGCCUGGCCUUCACCGUCUUUCGGGAUGACUUCAGCCCCCGGUUCGUGGCGCUCUUCACCCUCCUCCUCUUCCUCAAGUGUUUCCACUGGCUGGCUGAGGAUCGGGUCGAUUUUAUGGAGCGCAGCCCAAACAUCUCCUGGCUCUUUCACUGCCGGAUUGUCUCCCUCAUGCUCCUCUUGGGUGCUCUGGACUUCCUCUUUGUCAAUCAUGCCUAUCACAGCAUCCUGACCCGGGGGGCCUCCGUGCAGCUGGUCUUUGGCUUUGAGUACGCCAUCCUGAUGACGAUGGUUCUUACAAUCUUCAUCAAAUAUGUUCUGCAUUCAAUCGAUCUCCAGAACGAGAACCCCUGGGACAACAAGGCUGUCUACAUGCUCUACACGGAGUUGUUCACAGGCUUCAUCAAAGUCCUUCUCUACAUGGCCUUCAUGACCAUCAUGAUCAAGGUGCACACCUUCCCACUUUUUGCCAUCCGGCCCAUGUACCUGGCCAUGAGGCAGUUUAAGAAGGCAGUGACAGAUGCUAUCAUGUCUCGCCGGGCCAUCCGAAACAUGAACACACUGUACCCAGAUGCCACCCCUGAGGAGCUCCAGGCUAUGGACAAUGUCUGCAUCAUCUGCAGAGAAGAAAUGGUGACUGGUGCCAAGAGGCUUCCCUGCAACCAUAUCUUCCAUACCAGCUGCCUGCGAUCCUGGUUCCAGCGGCAGCAAACCUGCCCCACCUGCCGAAUGGAUGUCCUGCGAGCUUCGCUUCCUGUCCAGUCCCCACCAGCCCCAGAGCCUCCUGAGCAGGGCCCUCCCCCUGCUCCACACCAGCCCCCCAUCAUCCCCCCACCCCCCAACUUUCCCCAAGGCCUCCUGCCUCCAUUUCCUCCUGGGAUGUUCCCCUUGUGGCCCCCCAUGGGCCCCUUUCCUCCUAUGCCUCCCCCCAGCAAUGCAGAUGUCCCUCCUUCCUCACCUUCCGCCUCAACCAAUGCCCCUCGGCCCAGUGGGUCUGUCUCUGAGGCCGCUCCGGCUCCUGGCUUUCCCUUCCCUCCUCCCUGGAUGGGCAUGCCCCUGCCUCCACCGUUUGGGUUCCCCCCUAUGCCAGUACCCCCAGCAGGCUUUGCAGGCCUGACUCCUGAGGAGCUACAGGCCCUGGAGGGCCAUGAGCGGCAGCAUCUGGAAGCUCGACUCCAAAGCCUUCGAAACAUCCACACCCUGCUAGACGCUGCCAUGCUGCAGAUUAACCAGUACCUCACUGUGCUGGCCUCUCUGGGCCCUCCCCGACCUCCUGCUCCUGCCAGUCCUCCUGAGGCAUCUACAAUGGCUGCUGCAGCAGCAGCAUCCUCUUCCAGCAGCAUCCCCAGCUCUGAGGCGACACCCCCCUCACCGGGAGAGUCCCCACUCCCCCCUGACACAACACAGCUGCAGCCAGAUCCAGAGUCUAUUGGGGCAGAGGAGCUGAGCGAAGAUGGGGAGCCCAACACGGUGGAGCUCCGCCGCCGCCGCCUGCAGAAGCUGGAGUCCCCUGCCUCUCACUGACACUGCCCAGCCUCAUCCCAUUCCCCAACCUUGUGUUUUGACUGUGGUGCCCUCGUGCUCGGGUGAGAAGUGGAUCCCACCUCCCACUGCCAAGUGCCGUCUCCCCUCUCACCAGGCUUUGGAAAAGAAUUUGAAGUUCCUGCGGCCUCUCCUGGAAGGAAGGAAGGCCUGAGCCCCACUCACACCACUUGGGAGCCCUCGAAUCCAAAUCAUGUGGCUUGGGCUGAUUCCUCAUCCCCUAGACUGGACUAGAGGCCUGGUGGGUCAGUCUUUUUGCUGGCCCAUCACCCAACUCUCACAGCCUCCCUUAACUCCAGGCAGAGUUGGGGCUGUGAGGUCUUUGAGAAGCCAGUUUCCUGUCCUCCAUUCAGGGGCCCAGGAAGAGGGUGGACACUGAAGACACUCCCUCAGGAGCUGGCAGAGGGCCAGCUCUCAGGGCAGAGGGAGCGUCCCCUGUUCCCAACAGUAUUAGCUCUAGCUCCCAGGAGGGGCUCCAGGCGAGCUGGGCUUCAUUGGCCCCUACCUCCAGCGGUCCCUUUCUAGUACCAGUAGCACCUCCUUGUCCCUUCGCACUCCCAUCCGUGUCUUGUAGGUGACCCCAUCUCAGGAAAGUUGAGUGCCUCAGCUAGGCUGGGGCAGCCUGCUCGGCAUGGCCGGGCAAGGCUGGGGGCACCUCUGGGGGGCCCUCCAUGCUGCUCCUUGAGAUGCUGGAAGCCCCUGGUCCUCUGGCGUAUUUAAGACUGAGCCUCCAUUGUCCGUCCAUGGCCAAAAGCUCUCUUUUCUUAGCCCCAAGCUGGGCCAGGACAAGGCCUGUCUCUAAACCAAACAGUCCCAUGAGGGGAAGCAGCUCAGCUUUCUGAAACUUCUUGGGGGGGAGGGGAAUUUCUUGUUGCUGGCUUUGGGCUCAGCCCCAGCCCAGCUUGUUUCAGAUAUAAGCAGCAGCAGCAGCCACCCGGCAGGGAGGGGGGGCUCAAGCCAGGAGCAGGCCUUGCCUCCCCCCUGCUCCCCCUUUUCUUUGUUCCCUUUGUUUUGUGUGUUACACAAGUUGCUGGAGACAGUUUCAGAUUAUUUAAUUUGUAAAUAUUGUACAAAUUUUAAUAGCUUCAAUUGUAUAUACGGCCAAAAUAAAAACUUGCAUUAAAGUUGGUGCCAGGGCGUGCCGUGGUGCCCCUCCCCCUG